AUGGAAGGUGAAGUUAAUAAUUUAAAUAGUGACAGUACGUGGACGGUGUUUAUAAGACAGUUAUUCAUCUGCGUGGGAACAAUAAUUAUAUACUUCAAUUACGGACUCUACUUCGGCGCACCGACCAUUUUUAUCCCGCAAAUAAGGAGAGCAGCGAAUUCCACCGAUGCUAUAACAUUGGAAAUGGAGUCUUGGCUAUCCGCUGCGGUAGCCUACAGUUCAGUGCCGUGGAUUAUAAUUCUUCCCGUGCUGGCUUACUAUUAUGGACGUCGAAUACCAUCAUUAGUAAUGUGGAUGUUCAUGACAGCAAGCGCUAUCACUCUAUACUUCAGUUCGAAUGUAAACGAAAUCCUUAUCAGUCAGAUUUUGCAAGGAAUCCUCCCAGCUACAACAACAGUAUCAGCUUUGGUGUUAACCGAAUAUACAAGUCCAAAAUAUAGAGGAGUCUUCAUGACUUUAAAAAAUGCGACGUUCUUCUGGGGAAUCUGGACUGCCAACGUCAUCGGUACCUUCUUCCAUUGGAAGGUGAUUCUCGUACCCAUUUUUACAUGCUGCGCAAUAACCUUGACUAUGGUUUUCUGGCCGGAGUCGCCAUACUGGUUAGCUGAUAAGGGAAGAUUUGAAGAGUGCACGACGGCUCACAGAUGGCUGAAAGGCACAAAUAAAGAAGCAGAGAAAGAAUUGAACCAAAUUAUAGGUGUUCACAUGGAGAAGAUUAAAAAUCGCAAAGAGAGUUCAUCCUUCAAACAAAGCGCGUUAAAGUACUUACGUAUUGCAAGAUCGGAUGUGUUUUAUAAGCCUACUUUGUACGGUAUGAUGGUGUCCGGAUUGUACAUUAUUUCUGGAAAAUUGACAUGCAGUAUUUACUCAAUCGGAAUAAUUAAUAAGAUGACAAAAUCGGAACAGGCGGCUUAUUUCGGUAUGUUGGCUGUUGACGGCAUAACUAUAGUUGGAAUGUAUAUGGGUUGUGCUAUAUCGAAGUUCGUUGGUCGAAGGACUCUCCUCGUUUGGACGUCUAGCGUUGGUGCCUUCUUCCUCUUCAUCUUAUCCUUAUAUUUCUUCCUGAUCAACUUGAAUAUCCUGUCAGAGAACAAAUUUAUAUCUAUUAGCUUCUUGACAUUAUUCUCAAUGGCUAUCAGUUGUGGACCAGUAAUUUUAGGACCGUGUAUUUGUGGAGAACUUGCUCCAUUAAAGUACAGAAGUACAUUCAUUGCUGUUAAUGCACUUCUGAUUUCGCUGAUCAUUGGUACAGUUAUAAAAUUAUCGCCGUACGCUUUCGAAUACUUGGAUUUGCAUUGGUCGUUUUUGAUAUUUGCUUGUAAUACAGCCGUUCUGACGUAUCUAGUGUACAGAUAUUUGCCGGAGACGAAGGAUAAAACGCUCUUCGAGAUACAGGAGCAAGUAACUGGUACUCGCCUUAUAGUACAAGAAGAGACGACAAAUAUGUUGCCUACUGAUAAAGAUGUAGAAAACUAA